CAAAAAAUCGAAAUAUAAACACACAUAGAAUAAAUUGCUUUAUUUUAUUUAUUUGUUUAUUAGAAUAAGGUGAGAUGAAAUUUAUUAGCUUAUUUUAUUUAUUAGUGGGCUUUAUUUUUCACUUAGAAAAGUGCUCACAUGACAUUAUUACAUUGAAACUGAAUGAUAAGUGUGAUCUUUCAAUUGCAAUUAAGGAUGUCAUCUGACAUUCUGAUUAAUCAAUGUGCAUACGAUACAUGCAGGAGAAUAGGCCUCCUCAGGUAUUGUUAGACAGACAGACUUUGUUUCAUUUUGUUAUUCUUAAUUUUUUUUUUUCCACAUAUGCCUUCGCCCAUGAGCGGUAGGUCUCGGGUUCGAGACUUGGGAGCAGCCUCCUCAUAAAUGGGGGUAAGGCUAGCCGACAUUCACCUCUCCCAGACCCUGCGUAAAGCGGGAGCCUUGUGCACUGGGUACGACCUUUUUUUAUGCUCGAUUGACAUAAAAUCUCAUUAAAUAAAUAGGUAGAUUGAACAUGGCAGCUGCAGUUGUUCCUACAGUUCUUAACCGUGAGAACUAUCGGAAAUGGAGUUCUCGGAUGAAGACCUACUUGUUGGCCGAAGAUCUUUGGGACAUCGUCGAAGGCACCUAUCAACUUCCUGAAGAAGAAGAAGAUGAAGAAGAAGAUGCUGAAGCUGAACGUGAGGCUUGGAAGAAGAAGAAUGUUAAGGCCUUAUAUGCAAUCCAAAGUUCUUGUGUGGAUGAUAUUUACGACAUAAUCGAGUACAAAACCAAUGCCAAAGAAGCAUGGGAUGCUUUGUAUGAUUCUUUGAUGCUAAGUCAUACACCAUACGAUAAAGAUGAGAGGUCACUUGUUGAAGCGUAUCCAACCCGGAUUGAUGGAAAUGAUGGUGAUGCUGCAAUGGAAGAAGGGCUCAAUGCAGGACACGAUGAGAUCAGCAAUGCCGACGAUAUUAAUGCAACUUUCAUCAAAUAUGUCAAGUAUAAAGAUUGGGAUAAUGUGAUCAAGUUGCUUCGCGAACAUCGCCAGCUAGGAAGACUUCCAGUUUACACGGAUAUGGGAAUUGAAGGCAAAGGUGGUACAGCUCUUCACCACGCAAUCAGCCCGUUUCCGCACAGGACCGUCAACGUGCGCAUUGUUGAGCAGUUGGUGGAGUUGAUGGCAAAGGAAGACUUGGAAAGGCAAGACGGUUUUGGUCAGACAGCUCUUUUUCGCUUAAUGCUUUAUCAUCCAGAAAGGGUUGAAUUAGCUAAAUGCAUGCUUGAAAAGAACGACAAGUUAGUUACUAUUUUGUGUCGUUAUGAGGGCAAGACUCCUCUGGUUGUCCUGGCGGAGACGAUGGAAAAUGCAAAAGGAAUGGCUCGCUGUCUUUACUCCGUUACACCACAUGAAACACUAAGAGUUACCGAUGGCGCUCAACUUCUUUCUCUCGGUUUUCAGCUCAAUAGAUUCGAUAUUGCGUGGGAUUUGAUUCAACGUUACCCACAAUUGGCCAUGGCUAAAGACUACAACGGGAAUUUCCCCUUAGAAACAUUGGCCAAGAACCGUCAUGGAUUCUUAAGUGGAAGCCGGCUCAAUUUCUGGAAAAAAUUAAUCUAUAACGGCAUACGCAUAAGGCUCUUCGACCUAGUUUGGGAGUGAGGUGCUUAAAAAAAAAGCACCUAUGAAAAAAAGCUGUGAGGGUUUUAGGUGUUUGGUAAACUGAAAAAAAAGGGCUUAUUUUGGAAGCUG